AUGCCUCGUCCUUCUUUGAUUAGCCAAAACUUUUACUUUUCACAUCAUCUCAAACAGUCUUUCAAUCUGUUCACGCCUAAAUUCUUUGAUUACUUACAGACCCUCACCAUGGGAAGAGAGGACUUCAUCCGACAAAUCGAAAACUCCAUUGAGUUCGAUUUUCUCGACAAAGUAGUCAAGGAAGAAGUCACGGUGCAAGAUGCAAUCCAGAAGCUCAUCGAUAUGACCAUGAGUGCACUGUCCGUUCAUGGUCCUAAAGAACAAGGCGGGAUCGGCCUCCCAGACUACAAUGUCUCUCUUGCGAUAAUGGAGCUUGUUCAACGUCUAGAACCAUCCAAACACACCAAGCUUGUCGAGUUUACAAUUCAUCUCCAAAAGCAAGUUGUUAUUGAUCCAGCGACAAACGAAUCCCUGAAGGUCCAGCGCGAUACCCUCUGGAAAGAGAUGCCAUCGUUUGGCUACACGGAGCUUGAGACGUGGUACGAGUGUGGUGGUGAUCAUGAAGAUCCAAGUGAUGCAAAGCUAGACUCUAAGCAAAGAGAUCGCUGGGUGAAGCUCAACGCUUUCCUCGCGCAGCUCACUCAGGCUGCAGACAUUCGCUAUCCAUCUCCCGAGGAGGAAGUGCUAUUCUUUCCCCUAGACAAAUCACUACGGGCCAUUUGGACUAUGGCGAUGGCACUUGAGAAUGAGCGCUCUCCUGCAUUGCUGGGAGACACGGCGGCGAUGGAGGCCGCUUGCCAGUGGUUCAUCUACGCUGCGGGCCGGCUGUGGGCAAAUGUGCUCAAUAGUCGCACAUACCCUGAGGUGUCGGGCGCUGGUUCAGGCGAUAGGUAUAAAGAAAAGAACUGGACGGGCUACAAUCGGGAAAGAUGGGGAAUCUGGGAGGAUGGGCUGAAGGAGGCUAAGGCCAAUUGCGAAAAUGAGCGGAUGUGGAAGUUGAUUGAUGAUGCUUUGGCAAGUCUGGGAAUGGUAACG